GAUAUGAAGUAUUUGGAAUUCUCCAUCUCUAGCCAAUAUCCAUUAUUCACACGACCUGAUUUAUCAAAUGAGUUGAUUCACCACAACCGAUCCUCGGAGAAGAUUCAGAGUUUUUAAAUUGGUGUUUUUUUGGUGGGGAUUAUCUUUUAAAAAUGAAAACAAACUAUAUUAAAGUCUCGCCACCAACUUGAUAUGCUCCAAUAAUUUCGAAAAAAGUAUUACGCAAUAGAAAAAUCAAUAUUCUCUGGCCGUCCAUGUAAUUGAGACCAAGAUCGAUAGCAAUAAAAAUCCAUGGCCAUCUUAUCAGGUGUUGUUGAUGGGAACAAUGAUUAUGAACACGGAGAGCCUUUGCUAAUAACUACCAGUAGCAGUAGUGAUCAUGGAGAAGGCAGAAACCUUAGAAGGAGUGAUGCUGUUGAAAGUGUGGUGGAUUACAGGGGAGACAGAGUGUAUGAUAGAUCAAAAUAUGGAGGAUGGAAAUCUGCUUAUUCCAUAAUCGCAAUUGAUAUCGCAGAUAGCUUUACUUACUGGGGAAUCUCUUCAAAUCUCAUAUCCUAUCUCACCGGUCCACUAGGCCAAUCCACAGUCACAGCGGCCGAAAACAUCAACAUCUGGGGCGGAGUUGUAUCGCUGCUACCUUUCCUCAGCGCCUUCGUUGCCGACUCUUAUCUUGGUCGAUUUCGUACCGUCUUAAUCUCUGGGUUCAUUUACAUACUGGGACUAGGAUUGUUAUCCUUAUCGGUUGUGCUUCCUUCUCUAAUAAGCUCCCUGAACUACAAUGACAACAGUUUCUUUUUCAGUUCUCCGACUUCUUAUCAACUCGUCUUCUUCUUUUGUUCAUUGUAUAUCAUGGCAAUUGGAAGAUCUGGAUGCAAGUCUUGUGCACAAGCUUUUGGGGCUGACCAAUUUGAUGGACGAGACCCUAAGGAAUGCAAGUCCAAGAGCUCAUUCUUCAAUUGGUGGUUCUUAGGAUUAAUUUUUGGUAAUGGCAUUUCUCACUUGACUCUGAAUUACAUACAAGACAAUAUGGGAUGGGGUUUAGGAUUUGGCAUUCCGUGCACUGUGGUGGUGGUAGCAUUAGUCAUUUUCCUCCUCCGAACAAAAACAUAUCGUUAUAGUGUGAUCGAGAAGAAGCAAAAUCCAUUAGUAAGGAUAACCAGAGUGUUCAUUGCAGCUGCAAAAAACUGGAGAAAGACCCCAUCCUUGGAUUCUCUUCAGGAGGACACGGUCAAACUCCCUGGGAUGCAUCUUGGGGCUAACCAAUUCAGGUUUUUGGACAAAGCUUUGAUUGACAUAUCGAAAGACAGUUUGAGAAAAAAUGAUAUAAAAUGUACCGCGGAUCAAGUAGAGGAGGCAAAGGCUGCAAUACGGUUGGUUCCAAUAUGGCUCACAUGUUUAAUAUACGGAAUUGCUGUUGCCCAAUCUACAACCUUUUGCAUCAAACAAGGAAACACAAUGAACAGGAAAAUAGGAAGAGACUUUGAGAUACCAUCUGCAUCAAUGCAAAUCUUCGGUAGUGUCGCUGUGGUUUUUUCCAUUGUAUUUUACGACCGUGUGUUUGUUCCUUCAGCUAGAAGUUUUACAGGCAAACCCACUGGCAUAACAAUGCUUCAACGAAUUGGUUGUGGCAUGUUUGUAUCUACAGUAUCUAUGGUGGUAGCAGCAAUAGUCGAGAAGACAAGGCUUCAAAUAGCUUUAGAUAAUGGAUUGAUCGACAUGCCUCAAGCAACAGUUCCUAUGAGUAUCUGGUGGUUGGUCCCUCAGUACAUACUGCAGGAUACUUCUGAUAUCUUCGCUUUAAUUGGCAUGCAAGAGUUCUUUUAUGAUCAAGUGCCAAAUGAGUUAAGGAGUGUUGGUCUCGGUCUUUACUCGAGUAUCUUGGGUAUGGGGCAUUUUCUUAGUGGAUUCUUAAUCUCCAUAGUAGAUAAGUUAACUAGUGGAAGUGGACGAUAUAGUUGGUUUUCAGACAACCUCAACCGAGCGCACAUCGAUUUCUUCUAUUGGCUUCUUGCAGGACUGAGUGCAUUUGAAUUGCUGACAUUCAUAUAUGUUUCAAAAUCGUAUAUCUACAAGAGCUGCAGGUGAUGCUAGUUAUGUUGGUUUUGCUGCAAGUUCUGUUGGUUUUGUCCCUGUUGGUGCAAGAGGUUCCUUUCAUCCCAAAUUGGACAAUCACAUGUUGCCUUUUUAUUUAUCCACACUGCUCCACAGGUAUAGCAGAACUCAUGACCGCACCUACAUUCCAGCAAGUUUUAUAUACAGAAGUUGGAACUUGAUAGUUAAAAUCUCAAUAGAAAAUAUGAAGAAUGUUAUGGAGUUUGUUGAACAAAAUAUGGGUUCUCUAUAAAUAACAUAUGCUUGUGAAGGAACAUGCCAG